UGUCUGAUGCUUCAACUGGAAGCCAGCGGGGUGACAUGGGCGAAGGUAUUCCCCUACAUCUGAUUGGUUUUAAAUGUGUCUGUCUGAUGCUUCAACUGGAAGUCAGCGGGGUGACAUGGGCGAAGGUAUUCCCCUACAUCUGAUUGGUUUUAAAUGUGUCUGCAGGUCGUUUAAACAGGAUGUCAGUAGUAACGCUCGGGCCAUGAUGAAGCUGAUGAACGGAGCGGACAUGGCCAAACAUUCUCUCUCCACGCUGGGUUCUGCUAAUUGCUUCGUUGACUCGCUACACGACGGCAGGGACUUCGACUGCAACAUCUCCAGGGCCCGUUUUGAGCUGCUGUGUUCUUCCCUGUUCAACAAGAGUGUCCAACCAAUCAGAAGCCUGCUGGAGACGACUGGGCUCUCUACUAGCGACAUCAACAAGGUGGUUCUCUGCGGGGGCUCUGCGAGGAUCCCUCGGCUGCAGCAGAUGAUCAAAGAUCUGUUCGCUGACGUGGAGCUGCUCAGCUCCGCCCCUCCUGAUGAAGUCAUUGCGGUCGGCGCAGCGAUGGAGGCGGGCCUUCUAGUCGGCCGGGAGAUUGGCUCCUCCCCAGAGUCUGUUAUCGUGGAAGCCUGUGUCUCAGACAUUCUGCUCAAGGAGGUGGAUGAAACAGGGGCUGAGGUGUUCUCUGUGCUCCUCCCCUCGGGCACGCCCCUUCCUGCUCGGCGACAUCACAUCCUGUCUGGUCCUGGCCGCCUGGCAUCCCUCUGUCUGGAGCUUUACCAGAAAACCACAGAGCAGCCAGAGAGACUGGCCAAGUCUCAGUUUAUUACCACUCAGCUGACAGUUCCAGUCCCCCCCAGAUACGGGAAACCCAGAGGGGCUCUCCCUGUCCUAUCUCCCCAGAGUUACAGCCGGGUCGGUUCAAACAUAGAUUGUUCUGAGAGACCUGGAGACCAAAGAGGACAACCAUGACAUUGAUGCCGUGGUAACCAUGAAGAGGUAAUACCCAGCAGCACUCUGUUACAGCUGUGGACUGGACCUUGUAUUUGGACCUGUGUCUGUUUCAGCUGUGGACUGGACCUUGUAUUUGGACCGGUGUCUGUUUCAGCUGUGGACUGGACCUUGUAUUUGGACCGGUGUCUGUUUCAGCUGUGGACUGGACCUUGUAUUUGGACCGGUGUCUGUUUCAGCUGUGGACUGGACCUUGUAUUUGGGCCGGUGUCUGUUUCAGC